CAUAGGUGGCGUGGAACAGAUCAGUAUAUUACGUCAAAACAAAAUCUCAGAAGGAGCAUCAUUCAUCAUCCGAACUCGCCCUUAUCCUAACGAUCAGAAAGCUUAGCAAGACAUCCAAACAGGAGAAAACAUGAGUAGUGAAAAAGGAGGUGGACCACCAAGCUACCCACCCCAGGGCCAGUAUGGACAGCCUCCACCAAUGGCACCACCAGGCUAUGAUUCUGUGGCAAAUCAAUCUUAUGGAGCCCCACAAACAGCCCCAAUGUACCAAGGUGACCAUCCACAUUUCCAGCCUCAGAUGGGAGGUGUACAAACACAGAUCCAUGUGGUACCACCACCCCAGACCUUUUCGGAACCCCCUCCACCCGAUUACAUGAACAGGGCCAUCUUCACUACAAUCUGCUGUUUCUGGCCUGUGGGAAUUUUUGCCAUAAUGAAAGCUAGUGAGGCCAAAAAUGCAUAUGCCCGUGGUGACUUUCAAGGAGCACGAUCAAGCUCUAACUCAGCCCGACAACUUUCCAACAUCGCCAUUUUCGCUGGUGUUGCCAGCAUUGUUGUGUCCAUGAUUAUUGUCGGAGUAUAUGUUGGCCUGAUCAUGACCAACAUGAGGAGUUACUAAGAUCUUACCAUGGACCCAGAUCUAUACUCAUGGACAGAUAUAUCGGACAGACAGUUGUAUACAUACAUUGUAUUUGGGACCUUGAGGACAGAGAAUAAGUAUUGUCAGCAAAUAUUAUCAAUAUAACUCCAUAUAUAUAUAACAAAUGGUGGCAAUGUUGGUGAUGCAACUUGUGGAUUUAUAUUAUUUAUCAGCAGGAAAUGGUUAUUAUGAGAUUUAGUAUUUUAAUGUUGUAUUAAUGUAACAAUGUUUUAUCAGUGAAAAGAUGACUGUGACAUAAUGGUAUACACUGUUAUACAGAUUUUACAUAAGCACUUAUAAUUUUAAUCCAAUUUUCUUACUAUGUAAAUUACUUUUUGUAAUUUUUAUGAAAAUACAUUUCUGAAUUAUAGAUUUUAUGACAUUUUGAAAAUGACCCAUUCUCAGUGCUGUAUCUUCUGGUUAGUUUUUUUAUAGUUAAGUUUUGAGAAAUCAAUUCAUCAUUACCAUGAAAUUUGUAUCACAAAAUCUAUUGAUAGCCUUAAUUGAAUCAUUAACAUGAUAUUAAGUUUUUUUAAACUGGUAGAUGUGAAUGCAAGGAUGAAGUUUGAUAUACAUGUGUGUUUUAACAUGGUAGGUAUUCCUCAAGUUUGUUGCUGGAGAAAUUGAUGCAAAAAGAGAAAUUAUAAAUGAAUUAGAAUUAAAAAAGAAAAACCAAUUUUUGAAAAUUCAAUUUUAUCCUAGCAAGAAACUAGCUGCUGCUUUGGUACAAAGUUUUGCACAAAAGAAGAAGGGUCAGGAGAGACCUAUUUGUUGUAUGAUAUUUGUAGAAACGGUAAAAAAUAUAUACAUUGUAUGUAUUUUUGUCUUUAUAUUACAGCAUUGUUUAAAGUGUUGACAGGAAUUGUACAAACGAUAUAUACAUGUACUAAACUCUGUAAUCGUCCAAUACACAUUUAAUUAUUGCCAUGUCCUCAAGAAUCAGCGAAACUGAGCAUAUGCAGGUAGUUUUUAAAAGUUUAUUUAAUAUGUGGACUUUUAAUUGAUAUGAUAGGAAAAAACUUAUUGACAAUAUAAAGUGAAAUUUUUUAUGCAAAGGAAGAUCUACUGAUAACAGUACCAAUUUAUAUGAAGUUAGUGAUGAUUUGUUUAAUUAUGUGGCAUAAACUCUUGGAAGUUUGAAGACUUGCUGAUUACUUUUAGAAUGCUGUAAGGACAUUAUAUUUUGUGAUAUGAUUUUAUCUUUCUUCAGUUAUGACUUAAUUAAUUUUCAAAGACUGCUGUUUUAUUUUUUUUAAUAAGUUUUAUAAAUUAUCAUUGUUGUGGUAAAUCUUAGCCAUGAAUUCAUAUUUUGGUUUUUGCAGGGAGAUACAGCUGUUGAUUUCUUUAACUCUAUCCGUCUGAUGGCAGUCUGUACUUUGCUUGACAUGACAGAAAAUAUUAAUGCUUUUAGAUAAUUUAGAGUAGAGUAAAGUGAUGAUCUGUAAAACAGAUAUGGUACUGACAGAUUGAUUCUCAGCCAUUGUAUCAUGUGAAUGGAUACCUUAUAGGUUUCGUGUUCAGUCAUUUGUUAUCUCGGUAUUUGAGAAAAUUUCACCACAGUUCUUGUAUAUUAUACAUAUAUUAUUGUCAUAGUAACAUAGAUGGAACUAUUUACAUGUAUUAAAGAUUGUUUUAUUACAGCAUU